CUCCAAUAAUGUAUUCAUUAUUCAAGACAUACGUUCUUCUCUUCCUUCUUCAAUUUUUUGUAUUUUCUGGAUUUGCCGGCCGCCGAGACCGCCUAGCUGGUGGCGCACACCGUAACAAACGUGUCAAAGAUGGUGGAGCCGAUUACACAAUGCCAGAAAUCUCGACCAAAUUCAGGGGAGAAUGGGUACUCGAUAAUCCAAACGUUGGUGUGGGUGCCAUGCAACUGCAGUUGAUGCCUAACGAUCAGGUCGUUUGGUUUGAUACCACAUCACUUGGGCCAUCUGCUCGAAAAUUGGAUCCCCCAGGAAACUGCCCGCCUAACCCAGAUAUGAACAACAAGCCAGAUUGCUUUGCCCACGCUCUUGCAUACAACUGGAAAACCGGAACUAGUAGAACCAUUGUGUUGUCAGGUGAACCAUGGUGUUCGUCGGGAAAUUUAUGGCCUAAUGGUAAUCUUGUGGCUACCGGAGGUACCUUUACUGGUGUCAAAGCUGUAAGAAUGCUGCCUAAAGAUGAUCUGAAAGCAAACUUCAUCGAAAAAAGAAAUGUGCUUGCUGAUUAUCGAUGGUAUGCAUCUAACCAGGUUUUGGAAGAUGGGAGCGCGGUAUUGGUGGGGGGUCGGGACGCCUUCAGCAUUGAGGUCGUGCCACCAUCACUUAACUUCCAACCUAAGAAAAUCGACUUCCCAUUUCUCAAAGAAACAUGCACACCCCCCCAAGGGGCCAAACAGAUUCAUCGAGAACAACUUAUACCCCUUUGUUUACUUACUUCCAGACGGCAAUAUAUUCCUUUUCGCCAAUGA